AUGGACGCCUCUAGCGCCCUCUCGCGGGGCUGGCUACAUGCCACCUUCUUCGAGGAUGCUACCGCUGCAGAAAGAUUCCCAAGCCCCGUUGUCCAGAUUCUAGUUGUCAAGACCAUCCCUACGGAGGGUGGAGGUCCUGACAGACAUCGCCUUGUCCUCAGUGACGGGGAGCUCUUCUGUCAAGCGAUGGUAGCCACUCAGUCCCACUACCUCAUUGCGAACCAACAGCUGGAACAACAUAAGAUCGUCCGGAUCAAACAAUACCAGAAGAAUGUCAUUAAGCAAAAGCGCAUCAUGGUCAUUCUAGACCUCGAGGUCCUCCAGGCUUUCGGAACCCCCCCAAAGAUCGGUACACCCCAACAACUACCAUCAGUCGGACAAGAAGGCCAAAUCCAGACGAUUACUGGACAGAGCUUUUAUGGGGCCAAGACGGAAGAGAAGAAGCCGCCAGCUCCCCGGCGGGUCGAGGCGAAGCCUAACGCUAAUAUCUACCCUAUCGAGGCCCUAUCACCAUACUCUUCGAAGUGGACAAUCCGAGCUCGCGUCAGCGCAAAGUCCGAAAUCAAAACCUGGCAUAAGAACAAUAGCGAAGGAAAACUGUUCAGCGUCAACCUCCUCGACGAGAGCAGCGAGAUCAAGGCUACCGCCUUCAACGAGCAGGUUGAUCAUCUCUACCCCCUGCUACAGGUGGGGCAAGUAUACUAUAUCUCUACCCCCUGCAGGGUCCAGCUGGCCAAGAAGCAGUUCUCAAUUCUUCCAAAUGACUACGAGCUCACGUUCGAACGAGACACCGUUGUCGAGAAGGCCGAAGAUCAGAGCAGUGCGCCGCAAGUCCGCUUUGCUUUUUGCAACCUUGGCGAUCUCAAAGACGUGGAGAAGGAUACCACCGUCGAUGUAAUCGGCGUCCUGAAGGACGUGGAUGACGUUACUUCCCUCGUGUCUAAGGCUACAGGCAAGCCGUACGAAAAGCGUGAACUGUCACUUGUUGACGACAGUGGCUAUGCCACUCGCUUGACAAUUUGGGGUAAACAGGCAAAGUCGUUUGACGUGAAGCCCGAAUCCGUGAUUGCCUUUAAGGGCGUCAAGGUGUCUGACUUUAACGGCCGUAGCCUCAGCCUCCUCAGUUCCGGAACCAUGUCCGUGGACCCCGACAUCCCCGACGCCCACCGCCUAAAGGGCUGGUACGACUCCCAGGGUCGCACAGGCUCCUUCGCAACCCACAACAACAUGGCCAGCGUAGGCAGGGCCACGGGGCGCAAGGAGGAGAUCAAGCUCAUCAAGCAGAUCAAGGACGAGAGCCUCGGUGUGGGCGGCGACGCCUACUUCCUGCUCAAAGCCACCGUGAUCUACAUCAGGCAAAAGAACUUCUGCUACGCCGCCUGCGCGAACCCCAACGGCCAAUGCAACAAGAAAGUCGAGGAGCUCCCCGACGAGACAUGGCGCUGCGAGAAGUGCGACAUGAAUUUCCCCAGGCCAAAUUACCGGUUCAUUCUCGGCGUGAACGUCUGCGACCACUCGGGCCAGAUCUGGUUGACCUGCUUCGACGAGGUCGCCCGCAUGAUCACGGGGACGACUGCCGAUCACAUCAUGGAGGUCAUCAAUGACGGGGGCGAGACUGCGGCGAACCCCAUCUUUGAGGAGGCGAAUUGCCGGAUAUAUAACUUUAAGUGUCGCGCCAAGAUGGAGACUUUCAACGAGCAGGAGACGAUACGAUACCAAAUCAUGAACGCUACACCUGUCGACUUCAAGGCCGAAGGCAACAAACUUGCCGAGCUCAUCAAGCAGUACAGCAUCAGCUAA